AAUAUAUCUCGUCCGAUACAAUGCCCAACAUGUGGUCGAAGAAUCUUAUCACACUUUGUUCUCUUGUGCCCCUUCUCGUCACGCCGACGCUAGCUUGCUCGCGCGUGACAUAUAACACUGGACCUCAAGAUGGCAACCGUACUAUCGUUGGUCGUUCCAUGGAUUGGCUGACCCCGACCAACUCGAGCAUCUUUGCAUUUCCCGCAGGUCUCCAGCGGAAUGGAUCUGCAGGUGGAAACUCCUUGAACUGGACGAGCAAAUACGGCUCUGUCAUCACUACAGCCUACGACUUGUCCACAUGCGAUGGCAUAAACGACCAGGGAUUAGUCGCAAACCUGCUCUACCUUGCUGAUGGCGAUUAUGGCCCCAGAAAUUCCUCGGUUCCAGCCAUGUCUCUAGCAAUCUGGCCCCAGUAUUUUCUCGAUCUGUACAGCACCGUGGCAGAGGCUGCUGAUGAUCUUUUCAACCAAAAUGGGCAGCCGAAGUUCCAAGUCCGCACCAAGGAUCUUAUUCCGGGGGUGCCGUCAUUGAUGCAUGUCUCUCUGUCCGAUGCGACCGGCGACAAUUUGAUCCUGGAAUGGCUGAAUGGCAAGCUGGUUGUGCAUCAAGGCACCGAGUAUAAUGUUAUGACCAACGAGCCCAAUUUCGACCAGCAGCUCGCAAUCAAUGCAUACUGGUCGACCAUUUCAAACUAUUCACUUCCCGGAACUGAUCGACCGGCCGACCGCUUCGCACGUCUGUCUCAUUAUGUGAGCGUUGCUCCAGGUGCAACCGACUUGGUGUCUGGGCUGGCCACUACUGCUGGCAUGAUCAGAGCUGUAUCGGUGCCUAUGGAGCCUAUCAAUAUCAAUACACCUAACAUUACACCAACUCUAUGGAGAACCUACGCUGACACAAAGGAACUGGUAUAUUAUUACGAAAGUGCCACAGACGGCAAGUUUUUCUGGGUUGAUAUGACAAAACUAGAUCUGAGCCAAAAAGGUCAGACGAUGAAGUUGUCAUUGGUCGGCCUCAAUUGGACUGACCGAGUCGGCGAUAUGACAUCGAAUUUUGUGAAGAGUUCGCCGUUCUCAUUCAUGCCUGCUAACAAUUAAGAGAAGUAGUGAUUGAACUGUUCGAUGCCUUAAGACCUGGAGUACACAUAGAUGGGCGUGAUGCAAUAGAAAUA